AUGUGGUGUUUCCUCUCAGGCGCUGAGCAGAGCCGCAGCUGCUGUAAAAACGGAGGGACCUGCAUCCUGGGCAGCUUCUGCGCCUGCCCCCCCUUCUUCACUGGGAGGAGCUGCGAGUACGACCAGCGCAUCAGGAGCUGCGGGGCCAUCCCUCAUGGGGAGUGGGUUCAGAAGGGCUGCUCGUACUGUCGCUGUGGUUACGGCACUCUGCACUGCUUCCCCCACGUCUUCCACAAAGACUGUGUGCUCACAGGAACAUGGGUCCCCAGGCAGAGACUCUCCUCCUGGGACAGCUGGGAGUUCCCCUGCUCGGCAGUGUUUCAGGUGAACGGCCUGAUGGGUGUGGACCACACCCCGCAGUCAGGCUGCUCUAGAACUGUCGUUCACACAUUUUAUCCAAAACAGAAAAUGCCCCAGGUGUUCAGAGAAAACUCCAACUGAGUGUGAACGCAUCUUAACAGCCCUGACUACUCAUUUACAUGUCAAAGCUUUAUUCCAACAUGCAGAACUCUCAGCAUGUUGGCACACAAACAUCCCAUAAAGUAGAGGAACUAAGCCACUAAAAGAUGAUGGUACCGCUAUCCAAGGAAGAACACCACGUUUUUUUCAUCUCUUCAGUAGUGUGGUUAAUUAAAUUGAUUGGUGGUAAGGAAAAAAAAGAAUGUACUGCUUAAUGAUUGUCUUUGGUUGAUGUUUGGAAAUUUAAUAUAACCGAAAACGGAAAUGUAGUCUCCUGUAAAGUCAACAUGUAUCUCUGGAAAUAAUGAUCAGUGUGACCUUCUGCAUAUUUAUUAAUCAUACGCUUAUUAACAUAUUGCAAUAUUUGUAUAUAGGAAAAUACAACAAAUGAGUGUGAGUUUUAGUAUGGGUCACUUACUAAAAGAGUUCACAUGUAUUUAGUAAGACUCAUAUUCAUGUGUAUUUGCUCUAUAUUUUUCUUGUUUGAACUUUUUGCUCUAUAUUUUUCUUGUUUUAACUUGUACAUGUCAUACAGUGUUUCUCAUGGUGUGCCUUCCAGUGAAAUGUAUCUCAGGAACUAAAGAAUGCCAAAUUAACCUGACCAUAAAUAAUAAAAGAAACAA